AUGGGUGAAUCCAGACAGGAACUGCUGGCAUGGCUCAACAACCUGCUGCAGCUGAACCUUACCAAGAUUGAACAGUGUGGAACCGGUGCUGCCCUCUGCCAGAUCUUCGAUUCGAUUUUCAUGGAUGUUCCCAUGUCCCGGGUCAAGUUUAACGUCAACACUGAAUAUGCCUACCUCCAGAACUUCAAGAUUCUUCAGAAUGUCUUCGCCCGUCACCAGGUCAACAAGCCCGUCCCCGUCCAGUCCCUCACAAAGUGUCGCAUGCAAGACAACCUGGAAUUCCUUCAAUGGGUUAAGAAAUACUGGGACCAACACUACCCUGGUGGUGAAUACGACUCCGUUGGUCGACGCAAGGCCUCCGGCGCCCCCGCAGCCGCCCCCGGUUCCCGCGCCCCCUCUGCCAGUAGCGCACGCCGUGGAGUGACCCCAACAACCGGCGGCGUCCGUCCCCGCGUCGCCGUCGGUGCCGCCAGUGGAGCGGCCACCGCUGCCCUGCAACAGGAGAUCUCUACACAGAAGGAAGCCAUCGCCGGACUGGAGAAGGAACGCGACUUCUACUUCGCUAAGUUGCGCGACAUUGAGCUCCUGCUCCAGAGUGCCAUUGAAGCCGAUCCCGAGCUCGAAAAGGAGGAAGACACGCUUGUUAAGCACAUCCAAGGAAUUCUAUACUCGACCGAGGACGGCUUCGAGAUUCCCGCCGAAGGAGAAGAGGUUGCUGGUGACGAGCUCGAGACUUUCUAA